AUGUCUGACAUCACCGAGACUAAGCCCGACCCCGCCAUCUCUGCCUCCGAGACCCAGCCUGAGGAGAUCACCACCGCCACCGGCGAGGGUGAGCAGUCUACCACUGAGGCCGUUGCCGAUAGUGUUACUGAGACCGCUGAGAAGGCUGUUGACACCGCCAAGGAUGCCGCCGUGAAGACCUCUGACAGCAUGUUCUCCAUGUUUGGUGGCGGUCCCAAGAAGGAGAAGAAGGAGGAGGCCGAGGAGCCUACUGAUGAGCCCUCCGGUUCUUCCAAGGCCCAGAAGGCCAACGAUGAGGACGAAGUCGAGGAGUCCGCCGAUGUCCACUUCGAGCCCGUCAUUCACCUGACCGAGAAGGUUGAGACCAAGACCAACGAGGAGCUUGAGGAGCAGUCCUUCAAGAUGCGCGCCAAGCUCUUCAAGUUCGACCGCGAGUCUAAGGAGUGGAAGGAGCGUGGUACCGGUGACGUCCGCCUGUUGAAGCACAAGGAGAACCAGAAGACCCGCCUCGUCAUGCGCCGCGAUAAGACCCUCAAGGUCUGCGCCAACCACUACAUCGUCCCCGACAUGAAGCUGAGCGCCAACGUCGGCAGUGACCGCAGCUGGGUCUGGAACGCCGCCGCCGAUGUCUCCGAGGGUGAGCCCGAGGCCCAGACCCUGGCCAUCCGUUUCGCCAACAGCGAGAACGCCAACGCCUUCAAGGAUGCUUUCGAGACCGCCCAGGUGGAGAACGAGAAGCUCUUCAACGCUGAGGACCCUGAAGAUAGUCCUGAGGACCCUCUGACCUCCUUUGAGCUUAAUUCACCGCUUCAUCAAAUUGCCUUGAGAAUAUAUCAGAGACGCAACUUCACUAUAUACGAGUUCUUGCUGCCUGGUUACUUUGAGACAACCGCGCAAACUUGUCUCCGAGACGCCCACCUCUCCGCACUCGUCAAUAAAAUAAUCAUGCCUGACGUCAAGCGCACUGUCCGUCUCAUCACCGAGCAGAACAUUAUAGAUAAGCCAUCGGAGGUCGAGGGCUUCCCGCAACGAUCUUGGCAUAUUGAGGUCUGGCUCGUGAACGAGAAGGGCGCCUUGGUCCCCGCGAACAUCUUCGACAAGGUCACCUACCACUUGCACCCCAGUUUCGGUGAACGUGCCACGCAGGUCUUCAAGCAGCCACCGUUCCGCAUUCAGGAGGAAGGAUGGGGUGAAUUCGAUAUGUCCAUCGAGCUUACUGCCGACAAGUCGUACACCAUUCAACAUGAUCUGAACUUCGCCCAGACCCGUUAUGAAUCUAAGCAUGUUCUCACCUUCAAGAACCCCAAGCCUGCCUUGAUGGCCGCGCUGCGCGAGUCCGGUCCCGUUCCCGGUGACGAGAAUGGUAUCAAGCACAAGCGUCCUGCUGGUGGUGAGGAGAGCGCCAAGAAGAAGAAGCGCACAGAUAAGAAUGUCGACAUGGACAAGCUUGCCGAUGGGCUUCAGAAGCUGAACGAAGACGAUCUUCUGCAGGUUGUGCAGAUGGUUCAUGACCACAAGGCGGCGGACUCAUACACAAAGAACGAUGUUGAGCGUAAGUUUCUCUCUAUCCUCGGGUUAUAUCAGAGGGAAAAUAUAGAUCUCCGCUUCCUUGACGUUUACUCUGAACAAAACGCUAACCAUUCCCCUUUCAAUUCUACAGUCGGAGAAUUCCAUGUGGAUUUGUACACUCUCCCGGACGCGUUGAUCAAAAUGCUCUGGGAUUUCACGGCGGAGCGCGGUGCCCUGUAA